UCAUCAUCAUCAUCAUCGUCACUCUCUCUCCCUCUCUGUCUCCCUCCCUCGCCAUCGCCAACUUCUUCUGGUCCACCUCCACCACCUACUCUCUCUCUCUCUCUCUCUCUCUCUAGAACUUGUGCGUGGGAGGCAUAGAGUAUUGGGCAAUGGCUUCGGCGACGCCUCCGGGCCCGCACCGAUUGAUGUUCCCGGGCGCGAAAUUCUCGCCCUGCGCGGCCACGAGGAGGUCCCUCGGCCCUCCCCUGUCGCCGUCGGCGUUCCCCUCCCAAUCGCUCUCCAGGGCUACCGAUUCUGCGCUCUGCCACUGCCGGGGCGGCCCCUCGGACGCGCCCUCUCCUCCCGGCGACUCCACCCCGUGGCGGUGGGGCUCGGCCAUCCGGGACCUGGUGAAAUCCGCCAUGAGGACGUUCGAUUCCUACGUGAGCGCGCGCGCGAAGGAGCCUGAGGGAGCCCGCGACGGCGGCGGCGCGGUGGGGACGGAGAGGAAGGGAGCGGAGGAGAGGGAUGGGGACGAGAGCUGGGAUUGGGAUCGGUGGAAGCAGCACUUUGAGGAAAUCGACGGGCAAGAGCGUCUGCUUUCGAUAUUGAAGUCACAAUUAAGUAAUGCUGUGCUCAAAGAGGAUUAUGAAGAAGCUGGGAGGCUUAAGGUGGCAAUUGCAGCAGCGUCCACUGGUGACACUGUUGGCAGAGUGAUGUCUUACCUGAAAAAUGCCAUAAAUGAGGAACGUUAUCACGAUGCAGCUUUUAUGCGAGAUAAUGCUGGUGCUGGAUUGGUGGGAUGGUGGGCUGGGACAUCAAAUGAAACAUAUGAUCCAUAUGGUAUAAUAAUUCGUGUUACUGCAGAGCAUGGAAGGUAUGUGGCAAGGAGUUACAGUCCUCGGCAACUUGUGACAGCUGCAGGCGGUGUUCCUUUGUUUGAAGUUUUCUUGAAGGUAGACAAGAAAGGCGAAUACCAGCAACAGGCUGUGUACUUGAAGCGGAGGGAAGUCAUUCAAGAACCUCCUCUAGGCUCUGUGUUGUCUGUUACUGAAAGCAAUAGUAAUCCGGCAGACUCAAUUGAGGGAAAGAAUGAUGUAGUCAUUGCCACUACAGAAGAUGAUGAGGAUGGUAGUGGCAGGGAAGAUGGUUCUGAUCUUCCCGUUCAGCUUCCUGGUUUUCAGAAUAUUCUGAGAGAUAUGAUUCCUGGUGUUAGGGUCAAGGUUAUGAAAGUGACAGCACCAGGGAAAGUUGACAAGGACCUUAUAGCUAAGGUGAUUGAGCAGAUGAUGGAGGAUGAAGAGGAAGAAGAUGAUGUGGAUGCUGAAAAUUUAGAAGCUGAUGAUGAAGUUAAGAGUGAAAGUGAUCAAGAGAGAGAUGAGAUGGAAAUGGAUAUGAUUCCCGGAAUUAUUGAAAGUGGAGGGCAAAAUGAGCUUGCCAUUAAAGUUGUUGUUGGUGGCCUUGUGCAAAAACUUUCUACCAAUGUCCCUUCAAAAGACUUACUUCGUCAGCCAGCAAUCCUAGAGAGAAAGGGUCAUUCUUCAUUUUGUUUCUCAAUGAUUAAGGAUGUCAGUCGAAAGGUCUCCAGUGGCAGGAAACAGUCUUCGGCGGGUAGGGAAGCUAAGUUCCGGAGUGGUCGUAGUAUUGACCAAGUUAUGCUUGAUCUCACCAAGUUCAUUGGUGGGGAGAAGAUACCAAUGAAGGUCCUAAAAGAUGUUGGUGAAUUGAUAAGCCUCACUCUUAGCCAAGCUCAAAAUCACAGAUCCCUUUCUGGAUCAACGACUUUUAAUCGCAUUGAAAUGCCAACUUCUUUUGAUCCUUUAAACGGGCUGUACAUCGGUGCACAUGGCAUUUACUCCUCAGAGGUCAUUCAUUUGAGACGUAAGUUUGGACAGUGGCGAGAGGAUGUCCAGACCAAGGAUCGAACAGAACUCGAGUUUUAUGAGUAUGUUGAAGCCUUAAAACUCACAGGAGAUCGCUAUGUGCCAGCUGGAAAGGUGGCGUUCCGUGCGAAGAUUGGUAAAAGAUAUCAGCUUCCGCAUAAAGGGAUCAUUCCAGAAGAACUUGGAGUGAUUGCUAGAUAUAAAGGCCAGGGAAGGCUUGCUGAACCUGGAUUUCAAAAUCCAAGAUGGGUGGAUGGUGAGCUGGUUAUUUUGGAUGGAAAGUACAUUAAAGGGGGGCCUGUUGUUGGGUUUGUCUAUUGGGCCCCUGAGUAUCACUUCUUGGUGUUCUUUAACCGGCUAAAGCUUCAGGAUUAGACUCGCAUUGUACAUAGCAUCUGAGCAUGCUACCAUUUUCUCCAAGCAUGGACUGGUUACAAUAGCUACGGGCGAUUUGCCUGGGGAGUGAAUCACAGUGGGAGAAUGCUUCUUAAGUGCUCAGAUGGCCGUAUGACCAGGUGCUCUCGUUAACAGGGGAAAAAGAAGCAUAUGCUGAUGAUGAAAUCUCCUUCACUAUUGCACUACUUCAUGUCAUGCUAGAGGUUUCUCGGUCAGCGAUACACAUGCUCGUCUCUGGCCAAUUCAGAUUCCAGGCUGAGGAAGUAAGCAUGUAGACAGGGACACUAAUGGAGCGAAGGCCUUUCGAGGUUUCCUCUUCAUGGAUUAUCUUCAGUCUUUGCCAUGCUGAGCUAAAUUUUUCGCUUACCUAGUUCUUGUCUCCAUCAGCUAACGUCAUGGUCCCGAAUGUAAAUGAAGAUGGGAUGUGCAUGACGCAUGAGAAGGGUGUUUAGAUGCGUUUACGGACUCACGAGAUCUAUCUUAUUAAAUUCUUAUGUAGUCUCUGAUGAUGUCUUCACUGUUUGUGGAUGGCAGUCUUCUUCUCAAAGCAUCCAUUUUUCUUUUUUCAUUUUGUCUCCCUGUUUUCA